CUUGCGCUCACAUUAAUCAAACAGUUUUCCGAUACAGCGAAAAGCGGUCGUUCGUUCCUGUGUGCUCUCCGGUCGGUGAUUGUGCAAGAUACACAUUUUCCUCGUGUGUAGAAUAUUCCAGCAUCGAUUUAAAGAUUGGAUAAUUCUAGCUGAGCUUCAAGCAGUAGAUCUUGUUACGUAAAUAUGGCCACCAAACGUUUGAUCCCAUUGUUGGACCGUGUUCUCGUCCAGCGUGCAGAAGCGCUAACGAAGACGAAGGGAGGAAUUGUGCUUCCGGAGAAGGCUCAAUCGAAGGUUCUGGAAGGAACGAUCGUUGCCGUCGGCCCGGGCGCUCGCAAUGCACAAACCGGCCAGCAUGUUCCACUGGGCGUGAAAAGUGGCGAGAAGGUUCUGCUGCCGGAGUACGGGGGCACUAAGGUAGACCUUGGCGAUAGUAAAGAGUACCAUCUGUUCCGUGAGUCAGAUAUUCUUGCCAAAAUUGAAUAGGACCGACUCGCUGGCGUUAGGUCAAAGUUCAUCAGCGUCAGACAUCCGACAAGAAGGGGAGAAUUGGUAACAAUACAACUAUAACUAAUAUAAUGAGACUUCAGGAAAUGCCAGAGAGAAGAACAUCAUUCAUUAGGGGAUAAGGUUGGAGGUAAUUUUGUUUCUUUCAGAGGUGUGAAAAGUAUGCAAGCGAUAUUCGUUCCGUGUGAAUGAGAAAUUGGAAAAUGUGAAAUCCGAAAAACGUUGGAUACGAAUUGAAAUCACUUUCGCAACGACGUGUUUUCGGAUGUCAUUUACAUGUAGAGAUCCAAUCAUGUGGACCACCAAAUUUUGCACUGAUACAGAUAGAUUUAGUUAAAUUUUGCUGCUCCUGUCAUGAUUGGAGGCUUCCUGAGGAGAUUUCGUUCUGUAGAAGUAUUGAAAAUAACUUGCUAGGUUACUGAUACCGAGGCGGAUCUAACGAGAGGAAGUAUAGUUGUUGAGUGAUAGAGAUUCGAGAAGUAUGAGUGCAGCUUUAGUGAUAAGGAGUACGAUUCUAAGUUUAUUUUAUGUUGAAUAAAAGAAUAACUAGGA